AUGUCUGCACCAUACGAUCCCAACCAAGGUUACUACCCUCAACAGGGUGGAUAUCCCCCUCAAGGUUACCCUCCUCCUGGCCAGGGCUACCCUCCCCCACAGCCUAUGCAAUACCAGCAAGCGCCACCACCUCAAGAAGAAAAGAGCCACGGCUGCUUCUACACAUGUAUCGCCACGCUCUGUUGUUGUUGGGUCUGCGGAGAGACCUGCGAAUGUUGUCUUGAGUGCCUCGACUGCUGCUGUUAA